AUGCCGACACCACCGCCCGCCGCCGCGCGCCUCCUCCUCGCGGCCGCACUCCUCGUCGCCCUCGCCCUCGCCGCCAAUGCCGCGACGCCGCCGCCGUCGCCGGCCGCCGCGCUGCUGGCGUGGAAGUCGAGCCUGGGCGACCCGCCAGCGCUGUCCACCUGGGCGGACGCCGCCUCGCUCUGCACCCGCUGGGUCGGGGUCGCCUGCGACGCCGCCGGCCGCGUCGCCUCGCUCCGGCUCCGCGGCCUCGGCCUCGCCGGCGGCCUGGGCGCGCUCGACGCCGCCGCGUUCCCGGGCCUCACCGCCCUCGACCUCAACGGCAACAACCUGGCCGGCCCCAUCCCGGCGUCGCUCUCCCGCCUGCGCGCGCUGGACACGCUCGACCUGGGCAGCAACGGGCUCAACGGCACCAUCCCGCCGCAGCUCGGCGACCUCUCCGGCCUCGUCGACCUCCGCCUCUACAACAACAACCUCGCCGGCGCCAUCCCGCACCAGCUGAGCAAGCUUCCCGGGAUCGUCCACCUCGACCUGGGCUCCAACUACCUGACCAACCCGGACAAGUUCGACCCCAUGCCCACCGUCGCCUUCCUCUCGCUCUACCUCAACAACCUCAACGGCAGCUUCCCGGAGUUCGUGCUCCGCAGCGGCAACGUCACCUACCUCGACCUCUCGCAGAACGGGUACUCAGGCCCCAUACCGGACGUGCUGCCGGAGCGGCUGCCCAGCCUGCGGUGGCUCAACCUGUCAGCCAACACGUUCUCCGGCCGGAUCCCAGCGUCGUUCGCGAGGCUGACGAGGCUCCAGGACCUGCACGUUGGUGGCAACAACCUCACCGGCGGCGUCCCGGACUUCUUCGGGUCCAUGCCGCAGCUGAGGGUCCUUGAGCUCGGCGGCAACCCGCUCGGCGGGCCGCUCCCGCGGGUUCUUGGCCGGCUCAAGGUGCUGCAGCACCUCGACGUGAAGAAUGCCGAGCUGAUCUCCACUCUGCCGCCGGAGCUGGGCAGCCUCAGCAACCUCGUCUUCGUCGACCUAUCCGGCAACCACCUCUCCGGGAGCUUGCCGGCGUCAUUCGCCGGGAUGCAGAAGAUGCGUGAGUUCGGGAUAUCGUCGAACAAUCUCUCCGGCGAGAUCCCUGGAAGGCUGUUCGCGAGCUGGCCGGGGCUCAUAUCCUUCCAAGUGCAGACCAAUUCGCUGACCGGCAAGAUUCCGCCGGAGGUAGGCAAGGCGACGAAGCUGAAAUUCCUGUACCUCUUUGGCAACAACCUCACCGGCUCUAUCCCGCUGGAGCUCGGCGAGCUGGCGAACCUGACCGAGCUGGAUUUGUCGGUGAACUUGCUCACCGGACCGAUACCCAGCUCGAUUGGCAAUCUCAAGCAGCUCACGCGGCUGGCGCUCUUCUUCAACGGGCUCACCGGCAAGAUCCCGCCGGAGAUCGGCAACAUGACGGCGCUGCAAGUCUUGGACGUCAACACCAACCAUCUGGAAGGAGAGCUGCCUUCCACCAUCUCAUCGCUGAGGAACCUCCAGUACCUGGCAUUGUUCGACAACAAUUUGAGUGGCACAAUCCCACCGGACCUCGGCGAAGGGCUGGCACUGACCGAUGUGAGCUUCGCCAACAACAGUUUCUCCGGAGAGCUGCCACGGAGACUCUGCGAAGGUCUCGCGCUGCAGAACUUCACGGCGAACCACAACAACUUCGGCGGCGAGCUGCCGCCGUGCCUGAAGAACUGCUCCGAUCUGCACCGUGUGCGGCUGGAGGGGAACCACUUCACCGGCGACAUCUCGGAGGCGUUUGGGGUGCACCCCAACAUGGACUACCUCGAUGUCUCUGGGAACAAGCUGACCGGCCGGCUUUCAGAUGAUUGGGGGCAAUGCAUCAACAUCACUCGCCUGCACAUGGAUGGCAACCGCAUAUCAGGCGGAAUUCCGGUGGCUUUUGGGAGCAUGACACGCUUGCAGGACCUCAGCUUGGCUGCAAAUAACUUGACAGGAGCAAUUCCCACCGAGCUGGGUGGUCUCAGCUUUUUGUUCAACCUCAAUCUGAGCCAUAAUUCCUUUUCCGGGCCGAUUCCGACAAGUUCGGGCAACAAUUCCAAACUGCAGAAAGUUGAUUUGUCAGGGAACAUGCUUAACGGGACCAUACCAGUGGGCAUUGGCAAUCUUGGUUCACUGACCUAUCUUGAUUUGAGCAAGAACAAGUUGGCAGGGCACAUACCAAGUGAGCUCGGUAACCUGGUUCAGCUGCAAAUUGUGCUUGAUUUGAGCAGCAACUCCAUGUCUGGUCCUAUCCCUUCAAAUCUUGAGAAGCUGAUGAACCUACAGAAACUGAAUUUGUCACACAAUGAGCUCAGCGGUUCAAUUCCAUCAGGUUUCUCUCGCAUGUCGAGCCUAGAAACGGUUGAUUUCUCUUACAAUCAGCUCACUGGUGAGAUACCGUCAGGCAAUGCUUUUCAGAACUCCUCGGCUGAGGCUUACAUCGGGAAUCUGGGGCUUUGCGGAAAUUUGCAAGGCAUUCCUUCUUGCGACCACAGCGCCUCUUCAGGGCAUCACAAGAGAACAGUCAUUGAAAUAGUUCUCUCAGUAGUCGGAGCAGUGUUGCUGGCAGCCAUUGUUGCUUACCUUAUCCUAGCAUGCAGAAGGAGACCCAAGGAGCAGAAAGUGUUGGAGGCGAGCACAUGUGAUCCUUAUGAAUCCAUGAUAUGGGAAAAGGAGGGAAAAUUCACGUUCCUCGACAUCGUGAACGCCACUGACAAUUUCAAUGAAUCCUUCUGCAUUGGGAAAGGUGGGUUUGGGAGCGUCUACAAGGCCGAACUCGCCAGUGGGCAGGUUGUGGCCGUGAAGCGCUUCCAUGUCGCUGAGACAGGAGACAUAUCGGAAGUGAGCAAGAAGAGCUUUGAGAAUGAGAUCAAGGCAUUGACAGAGGUCCGCCACCGGAACAUUGUCAAGCUCCAUGGCUUCUGCACAAGUGGUGACUACAUGUACCUAGUGUAUGAAUACCUGGAAAGGGGAAGCUUGGGCAAGACAUUGUAUAGUGAGGAAGGCAAGAAGAAGCUUGACUGGGGUAUGAGGGUGAAGGUGGUCCAAGGGGUUGCCCAUGCUUUGGCCUACCUGCACCAUGACUGCAACCCAGCAAUUGUUCACCGGGACAUCACCGUGAACAACAUCUUGCUUGAAUCAGAAUUCGAGCCGCGGUUAUCUGAUUUUGGCACGGCAAAGCUUCUUGGUUCUGCCUCCACAAACUGGACUUCUGUAGCAGGAUCGUAUGGCUACAUGGCUCCAGAAUUGGUAUACACAAUGAGGGUCACAGAGAAAUGUGAUGUGUACAGCUUUGGAGUUGUUACUCUAGAGGUGAUGAUGGGGAAGCAUCCUGGUGACCUCUUAACCUCCCUGCCAGCUAUCUCUGCUUCAAAAAAGGAUGACCUAUUACUCCAGGACAUACUAGACCAGAGGUUAGAUCCUCCAACGGGAGAGCUUGCAGAAGAAAUUGUGUUUGUCGUGAAAAUUGCGCUGGCUUGCACACGGGCAAAUCCUGAAUCACGGCCUUCCAUGCGAUCAGUGGCUCAAGAGAUAUCAGCUCAUACUCAGGCAUGUCUUUCUGAACUGUUCCGACAGAUCACAGUGAGCAAGCUAACAGAUUACAAGAAGUAAUGUUUUCCUGUGCAAAGGUGUGCAGCUCAACAAGUUAAAUUGAAUGAUGCACUCAUGCACAAGUUGCACAGCUAUUGUUUUUGAAGAAUGCUGUUUGAGAGGAGUAAGUUUCUCUCAGUUUUAAUGCCAAAGACAAGAGUUAGAAAAGUAUAUUGGUAUAACUGGUUCGUAGGUAGUGAGCUCAUUCUGAAGAUUGUCAAUGGCAAAAAAGUAAUUAUUGAAAGUUAGCAUACUUCAAAUUCGUUGUGCUUUGUUCUUUUUCCACCCAUCAAGGGAUAAACAUGUAACUGUAAGAUAGUAGAAAAGGAAGAACUGUAAGAAAAGUGUUCUCAAACCAGUUUCCUUUUUCUUCUCGAUGUGAGUGAGAAGAGUUCUCUGAAUGAAUAACGAAUUUAUAUGAGGCA